AUGUCACACAGAUCACAAGAAAGCGACAUAAGAGAGUCGGAGUUUCGUGAGUAUGAAGAAAGGCAUUAUAAAGAUUUGAAGAAGGAAAGAAUUAGAGUUAGAGUGUCAGGUUCAGUUUACAGAUGCCCCUACUGUCAUGGGAGAGAUUACCAUCUUAGGGAGCUUCUCCGACAUGCUUCUGAUCUUGGAAGAGGCUCACGAAGUGGGACUCUAAAAGAGGAAGCUCGACACCUAGCCCUUGCAAGGUAUAUUCAGAGGCAUCUGGAUGUGGAGGAUAGAUCGGAACCCUCUUCCAAAAGGCCCACUGAAUCUCAAUCUCCUGCUGUAAAUGACCAUGAUAAGGAGCAGCCAUUUGUUCCCUCUGUGAAAAGGCCUACAGCUGAAUCUUCUGCUGCACAUAAUCAUGAUAAGGAGCAGCUGUUCGUGCCCACUGCCAAAAGGCCCAUAACUCAAUAUCAUACUGUACGUAAUCGUGAUAUGGAGCCGCUGUUUGUUUGGCCUUGGAUGGGGGUUGUUGCCAAUAUACAAACUGAGAUGAAGGAUGGACGUCGUGUUGGGGAAAGUGGCUCAAAACUCAAGGAUGAAUUAGCUAGAAAAGGUUUUGACCCAGUUAGGGUGCAUCCUUUAUGGAACCGAUUUGGUCAUUCGGGAUUUGCCGUAGUAGAGUUUAAGAAAGACUGGGAUGGCUUCAAUAAUGCCAUUAUGUUUGAGAAGGAUUUUGAUUCGAAUCAUUGUGGGAAGAAGGAAUAUACUAAAACUGCAGUGAUGGAUCGAGGAAGGAAGUUAUAUGGAUGGAUUGCCCGAGAGGAUGACUACAAAGCUGGUGGUCUCAUAGGAGAUCAUCUCAGAAAGACUGGGGAUUUAAAGAGUGUAGAUGGGAAACAAGCUGAGGACCAAAGGAAGGAUGCCAAACUUGUUUCCAACUUGCAAAGCACCUUAGAGAGGAAGCAUGACUGCCUUAGAGAAAUGGAGAGCAAAUAUCAUGAGACUAGUGCAUCUUUGAACAAGGUUAUGGAUCAGAAAGAAGUCAUGGUCAAGUCAUAUAAUGAAGAAAUCAGAAAAAUGCAGCAGAAUGAACGUGAACGUUUUGAGAAGAUUUCUGCAGAGCAUGAGAAGGUCACUCGACAACUACUAGCUCGGAGAGAAGAAUUGGAGCAGCACGAGAAGCAACUGCAGCAACGUGAGGUGCAGAACGAAAAUGAGAGAUUGAAACUUCAUCAUGAGAAGAAAAUGAAUGAGAGAGCAACCUUGGAGCAGAAAAGAGCAGAUGAAAGUGUGUUGAGGUUGGCAGACGAACAAAAGAGGGAAAAGGAGAAACUGCACAAGAAAAUUAUUGAUCUGGAAAAGAAGCUUGAUGCUAAACAAGCUCUGGAGUUGGAGAUAGAGUGCAUGAAGAAUUCUUUACAAGUAAUGCAACACAUGGGAGAGGAUGAAGACCUUGAUGUCAAAAAAAAAAUGGAUACAGUUCGAGAAGAAUUGAAGGAGAAGGAAGAAGAAUUAGAGGGAUUGGAGCAACUUAAUCAGGCCCUUAUCAUCAAGGAGCGCAAAAGUAAUGAUGAAUUGCAGGACGCUCGCAAGGAGUUAAUUAGUUACUUCGGGCAAUUUGAAACCUGUACUUCUAUUGGUGUCAAGAGAAUGGGAGAUCUUGACAGCAAACCAUUUCUUGUGGCAAGCAAGAGAAAAUUUUUAGAUGAAGAAGCUGAUGAAAAAACACUUGAGUUAUGUUCACUUUGGGAAGAUCGGCUUCGAGAUCCGAGCUGGCAUCCAUUCAAGGUCAUUGUUGAUAAGGAAGGGAAUAGUAAGGAAAUAAUCAACGAAUAUGAUGAAAAUUUGAGGAGUUUAAAGAGUGACUAUGGUGAUGAAGUUUAUAAUGCUGUGAUAACAGCAUUGAGCGAAAUGAACGAAUAUAACCCUAGUGGUAGGUAUACAAUACAAGAGCUAUGGAAUUUCAAAGAGGAAAGGAAGGCAACACUGAGUGAGGGAGUGAUGCACAUUUUAAUGCUGUGGAGACGGCUUAAGAGGAGGAAAACCUGA